CAAAACUGCCAUUUCUUUUCCUUUUUCAAUAUCCAUGCCAUAUUGUUGUCUGUGAGAUAUUGCCUCAAGUGAUAAGACCGCCAAUUGUACUCUAUGUACAAGUGGAUAUACUAUGUCUUUCCUCGUGUACAUGUGUACAAUAAAGAAUUAUAAAUAAAUAAUACCACAUUUGUUACCAAACAAGGAUAAUUGUCAGUAUCGCGCAGUUUUCGUGUGUGUAUGUCGUGAUGUCUCCCGUGGCGCUCCUGCUCUGGACAUUGCUGUCUGUGACUGCGGCUUUGUUUCAGAAUACGAACAGAACUACACGAUAACUAUCGUGAGAAAUGAUUACGACGGUCCAACCAAGCUCAUGUGCGUCAAUAAGGAUCAGGUUUAUUUAUAUGAAGCAAUACCACUUAUGUUGUACAUACAUAAACCAACAUCAAUAAAGUUAAUUGGAAAUAAAUUCGAGUGCUAUCGGCAUGAUAAUAACGAAGAAAAGAUACUCUUUGUAGAGUCAUCGAUACACGAACACUAUCUUUAUGCUUUAAUUCCUAAUUUUAAUUCAAUUAUAAACUACAAGUAUACUUGUUAUUUUCUAUUGAAUAUAAUAAAUAAUCGAAUAGGACCUCAGUACAAACACGAUGGUCCCACAGGCAUAAAGAUCGACUGUGAAUUUCGUCUUGCUAUAAUAUAUUGGGAGAGUUUGAAAGUGGAGAUUAAUGGAAAUGUGAUGGAUAACGAACCUGUAUUCUCAUCUAAAGAAGUAAAUGCUAUAGUUACAUACAAAUUCGUAUUAGACGAACUAGUUAAUAUCAAAUGCAAGAAGCCAAACCACCAAAAUGGCACAAUAAGGUUCGUCUACAACGUCGACAGCUAUUACGCCAGUGUCGCAAGCACUGAGGACGUCGAUUUCCAAGUUGUACUGAAGGCACAUCACCACGGAACACAUAUAGAUUGCAUAUUUCAGGAAAACACUACUAAAACGCUUCUAAGAGUCUACAUGUUACUGGAUAAAAAAAACGUGGAAGACAUCAUUAGAGUCAACGGUUUAGCUAUAAGGCAGAGUGGCAAUAUUGUAAGAUAUUAUUACACCGGUUCCGUGCCUACAGUAUUUUGCCCUGGUCCAGUUGAUGUGGAAUGGUGCUUUAAAUCCCAUGACGACCAUAAUGCUGAAGCAAAUUGUACUAUAGGCGGCAGAAUAACGAAGGUACAGAUGUACGAAGACUUUCCUAGAAACGGUAUAUACAUUAAGGGCUUGACUGAUAACAAAAUAAUAUUUCAAACAUAUGAAGAGGCGAAUAGUAUCAGGAAGAUACUCUACACGUACUCAGACGACGAUAUUAUACAAUUGAGUGCUUGGUACGAAGAACAAUACGUCUAUUGUAGCAUAAACGGUUUGUCUAGUGUUGCGGAAAAACGGAAGCCAAUCACGCUGCGAAUGAGAAAAGAAUAUAAUUUGACAAAUGUCGUCUGCAAAAUAAAUAUAUUCAAAACUGAUAUAUUAUUUCGUUACGUAAAAAGUAAUUCUACAAAUAAUCCACCGCCUGCAGUUUCAGGUCCCGUUGAUGCAACACAAUAUGAUUGGUGUAAAAUGGUGAUUUUACUUGUUAUCUUAAUAUUAAUAAUUUUGGUGGCAGUUGUAGCGGUCGCUAUCAGAAACAAAAGAAACUCCACUUCAAAGUUAGAACAAGCAGAAGAUAUCGCCAACACAGAAAAUAACAAAUACAACGCGCAACUCCCAAAACGGCUACACAAAGAAAUUCUUAUCGAAUUCCAGAAAAAAACUGUUGGCAGCGCAGCUAGAGUACCUACCGGAGAUGAUAUUAGAUCUCAUAGCACCACAAGCCAUCAGAACAUCGAAGACCUUUACACCAUUCCAAUCCCAAAAAACCAAAGGGUCAAAAACAAAGAAGAAAUUAAUUACGCUGAACUUCAGUUCAAAGAUAAUAAUAUAUAUUCACAAAUAAAUCCAACCCAACCCCAAUGUAUUUACUCGGAAGUGAAUCAUGCACAACCAAAUACUUUGUAUGCAGAAGUCAUCCACGAAGAUCAUCAUAAUUUGGAACUUGGACAUUGUUAUGCGAACGUUAGAAGAGAUUACGUGACACCCAAUUCUGAUGUGGCUUUCAAGAGAAAUAACCCAAGUAAUGAUAAUUAAACACAAUUACAUGAUAGAGGACUAUCUCUCCCUCACACCCAUUUCUGCAACGUUCUAAAAGCCAGAAUCGGCAGCCACGCAUUCUAUGAGAGCGGUGAAGCUCGGCAAGUCUCAGGGAACACUAGCCCGAGCCCGCAAUGAAAUUAAUGAUAUAGAAGGAUAGAGAGGAGUUGGAAACUAUUUUUCCAUUACAAUUACGAUAUUGACGAAGCUUAUAAUAAAUAAGAUAAAUUUGUGUUA